UAGGACGACGCACAGCUGAACCAACACAAUGCAGGGAGGCUUUGACACGAGCAAAUGAUGAAGUGCAGAGGCUAACGCGUGAGUUGCAAAGAGAUGCUGCAAAUCAUGCCACUGAACGCCGUGAUUAUGAGCUAGAUUUGUGUGCCAAUGCUGCACGAUUGGAGCGUCUGGAAGCCGAGCAUCGCGACUCUCUUGUGCAGAUUGAGGUUUUGAAUGCUAAAGGUGCUUUGUUUGAUGAGGUGCAAGCCAAAUUGGAGAAUCUGGAACGAAGUAACCUUGGUGAAGAGAACCAGAGGGAAGUAAUGACAGCAGCUCUGCAAGUAGCCAUUCAAGAGAAGGAAAGAAUACUUGAUUCCAUGAAGGAGAAAGAGCACACCUUGGAUCUACUGAGCAUGGAUAAAAUAUAUUUGAGUAAAGAGAUCCAGCGCCAGGCAGAGCAAAUUAAAAAAUCAGAGACUGAACUGGAGAGGCAGCAAGAGAAAUUGCGAGAAGUCAAGCGCUCCCGCUCAGAGCUAUACAACAAGUUUCUCGUGGAAAAGGACUCUCAACUUGCUAUUAAACAGCGUCUUCAGGCUGAGAUUGCGCGAAUAGAAGAGGGGAAGAAUCAAGAAGUUGAACAAAUCCGCAAGGAGGCCAAGGCGACUGCUGAUGAAAAAGUUCGGACAUUUCGAGAAAUGAGAGAUGAAGCAAUGACGGCCACUGAGAUGUGCCGUUCUGAAUUGCGAGAUAGUAAAGCAGCUUAUGAUGAGCUUCUUUUGAAGUUUCGAGAGCUUCACAGAGUAUCAGAGUUAAAGGAGACGGAAAGUCGUGGCAAUUUGAAAGUGGCAAAUUUUGAGCUGGACCGUCUGAAAGUUCUUCUUGAAGAGACGAAGGAUGCCCUUGUUCAGAUAAAACUCGAGAACGAGACCUGGGCAGCUAAAAUUCAGAUUCUCAAAGAGAAGGUUAAAGAAGAAAAGAACGGACCUCUGGAGGAACUCAAGUAUGAGCUUGAGAAGCAAGUUUCUGAGCUAAAGGAGGAGUUGCGGUGUACUCGAGCCCAACUUGUGGUUUAUCAGGAGGAGAAGAAUGACCAAGUAGAGGCUUAUAAGAAGGAGAAGGACGCUAAAUGUGAGGCCUGUCAGAGUAGGAAAGAUGCUCAACUUGAUAUUAAUCAGAUCGGGAGAAUUUCUCAACCCCACGUCCCUGACAAAGAGGAGGAGGCUAUGUCUUCAUCUCCAAGGUAUCAAUGUCUUGAAGGUAAGUCCAGCAUGAAGUGUUCAUCGGUCUCAAGGAAACAGAUCAAUGAAGAAGACCUGCCCGAGUCUUUGUGGAUCCCAAUCCAAGAGGAGAAGAAAGCUAAGCACUCAUCGGCAUCGAGGUACGAGGAUUGUAAAGAGAGCGAGAAGCCCAUGUCCGUCUCGAUCUCACUGCUCAAGAGUUGUGAGGCCGCGAAGGAAAAGCUCUUCUCAGCCUCGAAAAUCAAAGCUACUGAAAGUCAUGAGGCCAAGUCACGAGGACUCUUCCAACAAAAUCAGCAAUUAGAAGAACAACUCAGGGCUGUCACUGAGGAGAAAAAUAGGGUUACGAACCGUUUGCAAUCAGUACAAGACGACAUCAGGAAACUGCUGCGCGCACGGGGUUCUGUGGAGCAGCUUCAAAGCAUGCUGAAAGAGAAGGGAGUGUUUACAGGUGCUGGGUAUCAGUGGAAAACUAUCACCUCUUCAGAAAGUAGUCUAAAAGCUGUCAAGAAGGCAUCACCCAAGAUAUCACCCUAGAUCUGUUAUUUGGAUCGUAGUGCAACUCCCAUCUAGGAGAAUACCCAGGUCCAAUCCAUGGCGUUGCAUGCUCGUCUUCUGAGGCCAGAUUGAACACGUCGGAUUGGCUCGUCACACUGUCAAUCUGAAAUCGUCCAUUCACUGGACAUAUCAAUCAGUCAAGGCAGAAUGCAAAUCUGAACAUCAUUGAUGGUUCUCUUUA